AUGACCGAACAAGCACCAACUCAAACAACAACCCCAGCUCUCCGCCGGCGAGCCCUUCAAACAACCCCAAUCUUCCCCCCAGUCACCGAGCCCAAACUAUUACACUCCGUCGUAGAAAACGACAUCUACCUCCUGGGCGGGCAGGUCGCAAUUCUAUGCCAAUUCGCGCACCCAUCGCUCGCUAAGGGGAGCUACGAGCACUCCGACUUCGCAGCGCGCAUCCACAUACGACUUCGAAACACUGCGCGGUUCCUCAAUGCCGCUGUGUGCGGCACUCCGCAAGAAAAGAAUGCCAUCUUCGGCGUGAUCCAUAGAUAUCAUUCCCGGGUUAAGGGGGAUGGAUAUGACGCCGAUGAUCCGGAGCUGCAUAAAUGGACAGCUGCCACGCUCUUUGUGGGUGUUGUUCUAGUGCACGAGACGUUCUUUGGGAAAUUGUCCAGUGAGAAAAUGGAGGAGUUGUUUAAAGAAGCUUCUGUCUUUGGGACUUCGCUUCGAAUGCCGCCUGAGAUGUGGCCCGCCACGCUGGACGAGUUCUGGCAGUAUUGGGACUAUAAUAUUGCCACGUUGGAAGUCACCGACAUGGCGCGCAAGAUGAGUAAGGAUCUUUUGUAUCCCAGGAACUUGCCCUUCUCCAUGGCGCUGGCAAGUCCGUUUGCCCGACUUCUAACUCUCAAUUGGUUACCUGAGCGAUUGGCGCGGGAAUAUGAUCUGAGGGCUUCGGUUGUGGAACAAUUUGCGUGUCAGGGUCUUGUGCUUUGGAUGCGGGUUGUGUAUCCGUUUGUGCCGAAUUUUGUAAAGCAGUACCAGCAUAGGGCUUAUAUGGAGGAUCUAAGGAAGGCAGUGGAGAGGAUUGAGAGGACGGGACAUUGGGGUGGUAUUUGA